GUGCUUCCCCGCUUCGCCUCCCUCUAUAGCCUCGGCAUCACAGACGGAGCCACGCUGACGGCGCACACGCGCGGGGCGAGCCUCUCAGCUACUGGCUCUGCUUUCGCCCUGCUCCGGAGCGACGGGCGCGUGGUGACGUGGGGCGACCCAGAUCGAGGUGGCGACAGCAGCAUCGUGAGGGAAAAGCUUUUCGCCGUGCACUCGCUGACGGCAACAGCUUUUGGGGCCUUCGCAGCCGUCGAGACGGAUGGAUCGGUAGUCACCUGGGGCAACCCUGCCUACGGCGGUAGCAGCGACUCCGUACGUGCCCGCCUCACUGGCGUCCAGCAGAUUACGGCCUCCGCGGGAGCCUUCGCGGCUCUUCGCGCCGACAGCUCCGUCGUCACCUGGGGCCACAAAUGCUUUGGAGGGGAUAGCCGCGCGGUUCGUGGGCAGCUGAAGGACGUGCAGCAGAUUUGGUCCACGGCCUGCCGUUGCCUGGCCAUGCACUGCGCGGCCUUCGCGGCCCUGCGCAGGGACGGCACGGUCGUGACCUGGGGAU